CGAAAACUUCUGCAGUAUGGCGCAAGCUGGUGGUUUACUUGGAAAUAACAAACAUGGAGAAUAAAGGAGGAAAGAAAAGGCAACUGGUACUGGCAAGUGAAGAACAUAAUGAUGAAGGUCAGGUCAAGGCUAGAAAAAUAGAAGAAUCUGGAAAAAGUUUAGUGGAAUUUAUUCCAGGACAUCAUGAAGCCGAGAUCUGCUAUGGAGGUGAAGCUGACUUACACAAGCACUAUACCAGCUGUAAGAAGAAUCCAGGUCAUGUCAACUUUAUACCUGUUAAUGAUUUUAACUUCGAUCAUCUCCCCUCACGUUACCAUGACGUCAUCAUGUUGGAGGUAAUCAAAGCUUUGUCUGCCCUAACGGUCCUGAUAAAGGUCAAGUACACCAGUCUAGAGAGACCAAAGUCUGUUCCGUGCUUCAGUGGUCAGUAUCCAUUUUAUAACACCAGAGGAAGUGACGUGUUGAGGACAGGGACGGGGAGGGUGAGUUAUGUGUACAAGUACACAGAGAGUGACAACAAGGGCACUUGUCCAUGUGGCAAGUGUCAACACUCGGACACACCCAGCAAAGUGUGGGGGGAGAUUGGUGUGUUGACAGCCACACACGUUGUGUUUGAUGAGAGUGAGGCGAGACAGACCAGGUGUGUUGUAGGUUUUGAUGACAAUAAAAGUCCUGGGGUCAGUCUUGAUGGCUGGAGGGUGUGGGGUAGGGCAGACAUUGAGGGAGACUGGUGUAAGUUUACAUGUGUGUCAUGUGACUUAGAGUUGCUUGAUGAACUGGACAAGAUGGUGCGGCACUUUGAGGAUCUAUGUAGGAAAGCAUGGGACAAAUACAGGAGAUUUGAUGUUGUGGACAAGUUGACCGUUAUAGUGUCACAUCCUCAUGGCUGUCCUAAACAGGUCUCUGUAGGACAAUGGACACACGAACAUGAGAGGGAAGGUUGGUACAAGUACACGUACACAACAUGUACAUGUCCUGGCUCCAGUGGAGCACAUGUUUACAUGCCGGGAUAUGGCUGGGGGUGGAGACAUCCCCACAGUGGAUCAAACUCUGAAGGAAAUUAUAGUGGGGAGUAUGUGUUGUAUUGAUCCAUCUAUAACUGUUGGUUCUCUCCCCUUGUCUAAUGUAAACAAACAAAAUGGCGUCUCCCUUAAUUAAACUUAAAUUGUUUGGUUUCUUUCACGUCAUUUGUUAAGAGUUGUUAGACAUAUAAACAAAAUUAUAAACAAAUGUUUAUUGUUGAGAAAUGAAAUAUUUAUAGGCUACACUUGUAUCUUUGUUUUGUUUAAACCUCCACAUUAGAUUUUUCAUCGCCAUCAUUGUCUUUAUUUAUACUUUCAUUCAUGUUUGUAUUUGUUUACAAAACUGUUUGUAUUUGUUUACAAAACUGUUUGUAUUUGUUUACAAACUGUUUGUAUUGAUAUC